GUCUGCUUUCAGAAGAUGCAGUGCACUAGAUGUGGUGCGUGGAACAGGAUUAGUCAUGGCAUCAGAACUAUGUAAAACAAUCUCUGAGGCAAAGCUGGAAAGGCACAAGAACUUGUUCUUAAAUUACCGAAAUCUCCAUCACUUCCCUUUGGAGUUAUUGAAAGAUGAGGGGCUGCAGUACUUGGAGAGACUUUAUAUGAAAAGAAAUUCCCUGACCACAUUGCCAGAAAACCUUGCACAGAAGCUUCCAAACCUCGUGGAAUUGUACCUUCAUUCAAAUAACAUAGUUGUUGUACCUGAAGCCAUUGGCUCCCUCGUUAAACUGCAGUUUCUGGACCUAAGUGAUAAUGCCCUCGAAAUUGUGUGUCCAGAGAUUGGCCGCCUGAGAUCUUUGCGUCAUCUUCGCUUGGCUAACAACCAGCUGAAAUAUUUACCUGCAGAGGUUGGAGACCUGAGGGAGCUGCAAACGCUGGACAUCUCAACCAAUCGUUUGAUAACCUUACCUGAAAGGCUGCAUAUGUGCCUUUCGCUGCAGUACUUGACUGCGGACCGAAACCACCUAUGGUAUGUUCCCCGCCACCUGUGCCAGCUACCAAGCCUCAAUGAGCUCUCCAUGGCCGGAAACCGCCUGGCGUUUUUGCCACUUGAUUUAGGUCGUUCCCGGGAGCUACAGUAUGUGUAUGUGGAUAACAAUAUUCAUCUGAAAGGCCUCCCAUCUUAUCUCUAUAAUAAAGUCAUUGGUUGCAGUGGUUGUGGUUCUCCAAUUCAAGUUUCAGAGGUGAAACUACUCUCUUUUUCAUCGGGCCAGUUGACUGUGUUCCUGCCAGCAGAGGUGAAAUCUAUAGGGACAGAAACAGAUCAUGUGCUGCCUUUGCAAGAACUGGCCAUGAGGACCCUCUAUAACACCUACUACAGUUUUUUAAAAGAUUUGAACUUUCUGACUCCAAUCUCACUACCCAAAAGCCUCUUGGAAUUGCUGCACUGUCCCUUGGGACACUGCCACCGCUGCAGCCAACCUAUGUUUACCAUCUUUCCCUUGAGGGAAACUCCAAUGGCAGGAUUGCAUCAAGGGAGGACAGCUGUUAGUUUUGUGGCAUACUGCUGCUCCACCCAGUGUCUGCAGACUUUUGACCUACUGAGUUGAUAAACAUUUCAAACUACUCAGGAGUGCUGCCAGUUUAAAGCUGUGUUAGACGUCGCGUCCCAUUGGUACUGGAAUACUGUGCGUGUGUGUGUGUGCCAAAGCAGCAGAAGUGCCCAGUCGGGAACACUAAGAGGCACUUAAAUCCUGCCCUAUCAAACUUGGAUGAACCGCAGAAACUUUUCGGAAGUGUAAAUACCAAGCUUUUCAAAGUAUUAACUUCUCUC